AUGUUCAUCCUUUUUAAAGCCAUGUGGUCUGGCAUAUGGAGUGGCCUCACCAGUCUUUCGCAGAAGAAGAAGGCUGGAAAUGAUGCUGCUAAUCAAAACCGGAAAGCGCAGAUUUCCCGAAAGCAGCAGAAAUUUAUCAAACCAGGAGAGAGAGGAUUACUCGACUCUGGCUCGUCCUGGGAGUCUAAUUCGUCAGCUGGCUCAGUUCUUCGUGGUGUUGCUCCACCAACCGGUGUUCAUACAAGGAAAGAUUACCGUGAACCAUGUCAACUCGUCGGAACACAAAUUGAACCCUUCAAAAGUCAAAAGUCCUUCCGCCAAGCUCCUGGACAAGAUUCCUGGACAACUGUAACAGCUACACAAUCAUCGAAUUCCCUGACAAAUUCCGCGUCUCUCAGAACGAAUUCGUUUACGAAUUCAAGCUCCAAUUUUUCAAAUGCAUCGUCGAAUUAUUUGGUCGGCCCGACGCGUUUUCGGGAUCAGCUUUAUCAGCGACAUGCGACCAUGGACCGAUCAUACACCGACGUGGACCAAAGCGCCAGAAAUCGCAAUUUUGACGAAACCAAUCGGAUCGGAAUUCAAAACUACAACUCGCCUAGACGACAGAAUACCAUGAGUAGUGGGAACUACCGUGGGACUGUCCGGCCUACCAACCGGGCAGUAUCACAAGAGGGCCAAGGUCCGCCAGAGGGCGACCGAGUAAAUGGAUCUUUACACAAUAUUCGGGAUGAAAUCGCCUCCCUUCGGAGCCAGAUCUCACGAGGAAUCGAAACCCUGGGGUCAACGCGACCUGGCCAGCCCGAUUCUAGCGCACGUGACAUGGAAGAACUCGCCGAUUACUUUUCACAGCGACUCGCCAAGUGCCAGAAACAGGUCUACAAUGUUGUCAAUCAUGUCCACAGUCAAGUUGAUGAAGGAGGACAUCAUCAGGAUCCUUACAAUCCCAACGCUCGAUAUGGAAAGGGCGGAAAGAACUGGGAUGAAAACGGUGACUUCGACUCGUCCGACAGUGGAAUUGGCCAGCCAAAGCCAGGUGCUCGCGGUACCAUUCGACCAGCAGGUCGAGCUGCUCACCGAGGCGGUCCACCAUCAUCAAUCGGCGGUGGCAACUCAAUGAACCCCUAUGGCGUCAAUCAGGUCAAAGCCGAUCCCUACGGCGGUGCCCGACAGCGAAUCCCAUCCCACCAAGGCUCGAUGCGCAAGGAUCCCAACUACGGAAUGCAGUCCCAUGCGCCUCAACACAACUUCGUUCCCGGCCAGCCAAUCGUCGGUGCCGAUGGAGUUCCACGAUGCAGUCAAGCCGAUGAUGUUGAAGACUUCUCUCACUUCGAAAACUACUUUGACGACGACAUGCCUGCCCCAGAGGCUUCCAUUCCCGUCCCCCGAGUCCACAAGAAGCACCAGAAUUACAUUUACCAAGCUCUGUAUGCUAUGUAUGUGAUUGCUCUCCUCGCCUAUAUCUACGUCCGAAUCGCCUUUACCCUCGAUGCCCCUGGUUUGAAUCGAAUCUACUGUACUGUCGUCGCUUGUUUGGAAAUUAUCACGUGUCCUUCCCUCCUGAUUCAAGGUCUGACCUUAUGGAGGUGGAUAUCCCGGCCUGAACCGAGUCUCACAGCUUUCGAAAGACCAAAGUUCCAUACUAUCCGUAUUAUGGUCCCCACGUACAAAGAACCGCUGGAAGUCGUUGCUGGUACUGUCCACGAAGUCGUACAUAUGGAUGUCUGCCCCGGUUUGAACAUUCACGUUUACGUCCUUGAUGAUGGUCGACGACAGCAUUUGGAAGAAUAUAUCCUCGCCCGACGAACGAAAAAAUACGUCUACUUGCACUAUGUUGCCCGACCAAAGCUUCCUGGAAUCCCCAACCACGCCAAAGCCGGAAACAUCAACCACACGCUCCACUACAUCUACGACAAUGGACGAACUGAAGGUGAAGCCGUCGUUAUCUUCGAUGCUGAUUUCAUGCCUCGGCGAAACUAUCUUUGGCGAGUUUUGCCCGUCUUCUCGGAAAAGCGAGCUCGGCCAAUUGGUCUUGUCCAGACACCGCAGUUCUUCUACAAUGUCAACUCUGACGAAGAUGUGUGGGAUCACUUGAACGUUUCUUUCUUCCAUCGUAUCGAACCUUCUCUCGAUCAGUGGUCCGCUGUCAACUGCUGUGGAACCAACUUCACUGUCCGAGCUGAUGCGCUCAAGGAUGUCGGUUACUUCCCCGUCGGUUGUCUUACUGAAGAUACUCUCCUCUCCCUCCGUCUGUGUACUAUGGGUUGGGCCGUAUCCUACCACCACGAAGUCUUGGCUAUUGGACAGUCUCCUCACGAAAUUAUCGAAGUCUUCAAACAGCGUUCUCGAUGGUGCAAGGGUAACUUGCAGAUUUUCUUGGACGAGUUCCCUCUUAUGCAGUCUGGUCUCACCAUGUCUCAGCGAAUCUUCUACUCUUCUUGUGGAUACAACUACUUCUGCGCCUCCAUCUCGAUUCCCUUUUUCCAGCUUGUCCCCUCUUGGGCCAUCUUCUUCGGUCUCUGGCCUGUGUCCAGUAUUUCCCUUCAAUUCGCCGUUGCUUUCUUCAUCUACUACUGCCUUGGAAACAUGCUCCUGCUUUUCCCUCCACCAGGAUUCGCUGUCAAGGACAUGUGGAACGGAGAGUUGGCGUCUACCAAUCUUUGGUACACCUAUUUCAACGGUGUCCGACGUAUUGUCUCGACUAAGAUCACUCAAGGAAAGGGAGAACUUACCUUCAAGACCACUAAAAAGAAAGCCGAAGGUGAAGAAGAUGAUUCCUCGCAGAUUGGUUUCCAGAAAGAAGAUCUCCGAGUUUGCUACAUGCACUUUGUCAUGUUUUUCCUUAUGUUGAUCACGAUUGUUUACGCCAUUGUCCAAGCCGUUACAGCCGUCGAAGUCAAGUUCUACUUCUACUAUAUGUAUAUGAUUGGUAUGUCCUGGUCUCUCAUUAACAUGGUCCCGUACCUGAUUGUCGUAAUCUACUGCUACUUCCGAGUCCGUAUCCCUGGUCUUAUCUGCGCCUGUCUCCGAAACAUCCAGCUUCUCUUGAGAGCGGUUUGUGGAGUUUUGAUCCUGGUCCAGGCUUACACCACGCGAAACUUGACCGAGCGAUUCAUCUGUCCUCACGAUUACAUUGCUGAAAUCGGUCGAUCACCACUCACCAUGGUCCGAACUAUGGACGAAGUACAGAAUCUUGAUGUUGAGCGAAAUGCUUUCUGGCUCCUCGGUGUCGACGAUGAUUUCUACACUAUUCAGCAAAUUAAGCAAUCUGCUUGCGAAGAGGACUCAGUUCCGAUUGUCGUCUUUUUCAUGCAUCCCCGAGACGGUCUCCAACUCGACGAAGAAGCAGCGCAUUAUAUGCCUGAGAACAGACUUGAGAACUGGGAACAAUACGAUGAGAAACUUGCGGAAUACUCUGAAAAUCUCCAGGAAGUCCCGAUCGUUUUGAUUCUCGAACCUGCUCUUCUUAUGCACACCUUCAAUGAGCGAACUGAAUACCAUAACACCGAGUUCCAGGUCGCCUUUGCCACCCGAGUCCAAAAAGUCAUCGAAUCUUUCCCUCGCGCUUGGGUCUACGUUGACGCUGGUAACGCCCUCUACCUCCAGUGGGCUACCAACAUGAACCACAUCGUCGAUGUCUUGAAACAAAUGCCUCUCGGUCUCCGAGGUUUCUCCAUCAACGUCGGUUCCUUCGUCAACUCCACUUACAACCUCCAGCUCGCUACUGAAAUUCAUUGCCAGACCGGUCUCAAUUUCAUCCUCGAUACUUCUCGAAACGGUGGAAUGUUCUCUGAGCGAACUCUCGAUGAAAUUAACGAGUGUACUUACGAUCCUCCAUUUGUGUCCAAGGGUAGCGAGCCCGGCUGGGCUGGUGGAUCCAAGAACGCUGUCAACCAGAAAUCCACUGGUGCGAUGGACUUCGGCUCAAUCACCAACGACUUCGGCGCUGAUGCUUAUUCUUCGUACAGUGAUUACGGAAGCGAUUACGCUUACAGAAGAAGACGAGAAACAGGAACUCGACAGAAGCGAUGGAGCAUGGGCGACUACGGCGGAGGAGCUUACGAUGCUUACGGCGGUGACUACGCUGGUGGAAGUGAUUAUGGCGACUACUACGCUGACUACGGAGCAUACGAUACUGGAGUCAUUCAAUGUCUCACUGGAGAUCCGUCCGGUGGUCACGACGCGAACGCCUGGGUCAAAACGCCCGGUGAAGCUGAUGGUCGACUCUACUCCUCUGGUACCUUCCACGAGUGUCUCCUCCAACACAGUAUCGAGUGCAGCGAUCAGUGCCCUCAGUACGUGCCCAAAAUCAACGGUGAAUUCGAGCGACCCUCUGGAUGCACCUGCGAUUAA